GAGAAGGGGGAAGGGGAGAGAGAAGUGGCAACACUGUAGCCACCAUAACAACACACUGAGACGCGCCGCGCACACCCAACCUUAAGGCUGGGAAAUAUUGGCUCCUGCUCCUCCUGCAGCGUCGCCUGCUGUCCCUCGGUGACGGUGGCCGCUCCUCCUCAAGGCUGUGAGGGAAUGAAUAAUGCAAGAAUGAAGAUAAAACAGAAAAAUGUAUAAAGAGAAAGAAGAAACUUUUAGAGAUAUUUGUAUUUACUAAGGGUGUAGGCAAAAUUUGAAAUCCAUUCCCAAGGAAUUUCUUGGAAUAGUUUCCCAUAAUUGGACAGGAAACCUAUCAGGCUUAUUGAGGACCCCCUAGACUAGCUACUGACUUUCACCAGGAUGCAAGCCACAACAGUUGCCUGGCUUCCCAGUACCUAUUUACUGCAAGGGGAAACAUAGGUAUCAAAGGAAAGGAAACAUUGCCAAAAAACACUUCUGUCCUGCCCUACGAAUUGAACUGUGCUGACCCCUUAUGUGACAGGUAAAAAGAAAGGUAGAAAAAAUAGUAAAUUAAAUGUUUGUUCAACUUGGAAACGAUGAAUAAUAUGUUUUCUGUGGACUGCACUUACCGGACUCCUCAAGAUGCUCCAGCCUACUCGCCGUCCGCACAGCCGGAGGAAAAAGAACCGGUGGUGCCACCAAAUAACAGUAAAAGUUUUGUAUGCAAGUGUAGCAAGGUAUUUUCAAAUAAAGCCGAUUACACACGGCACAUUCGAGUUCAUACUGGAGAGAAACCUCAUGCAUGUACCAUAUGUGGAAGAGAAUUUUCCCUGAAAGGUAAUCUUACGAAGCAUAUGCAGCUUCACACGGAGCAAAAAAGAUACUGUUGUCCUGACUGUGCUAAAACAUUCCAUAAAAAAAUUUAUCUUCAUCAGCACAUGAGGAUUCAUACUGGUGAGAAGCCUUUCAAAUGUACACAUUGUGAGCGAGCAUUUUCUUUAAAAAGUAACCUUGUUCAUCAUGUUAAGCUGCACACUGAUAGGAAAUCAUACAAGUGUCCGGAAUGUGACAAACUUUUCCUCAAGAAGAGCUAUCUUGAUCAGCAUUUGCGGACACACACUGGUGAUAGACCUCAUAAGUGUGAAGAGUGUAAUAAAGCAUUUUCACUAAAGGGCAACUUAGUUCAACAUAUGAAAAGACAUAGUGGAGAAAAGCCUUACUCUUGCCCUGAAUGUGGGAAAUCAUUUGCCUUGAAAGGGGACCUGAAAGAGCAUGAAAGGGUGCAUGCUGUUGAAAAAUAUUCCCAAUAUGUGGAGACCAUACGAUGUUACCAUAUUCAAGAUGUGGGCCAACAAGAGCCUUCUAUAGCAGAACUAAAAUUAUUAUUUUAUUUAAACGACUUUGAAAGAAUGAGUAAUAUGAUGUAUUCUUUAAACUGUACUUAUCCAACUCAAAGCUCUCCGGUGUUUUCACGGCCCAUACAUCCAGAUCAAUUGAGGCUACCACCUGUUCAUGGUAAAAAUUUUGUAUGUAAGUGUAGUAAAAUAUUUUCCAAUAAAGCCGAUUUUACACGGCACAUAAGAGUUCACACUGGAGAGAAACCUCAUGCAUGUACUGUAUGUGGGAGAGAAUUUUCCUUGAAAGGCAAUCUUACAAAGCAUAUGCAGCUUCACACAGAUAAAAAAACUUAUUGUUGUCCUGAUUGCACUAAAACAUUUCACAAAAAAGUAUAUCUUCAUCAACAUAUGAGAAUUCAUACUGGAGAGAAACCUUUUAAAUGUACACAUUGUGAUAGAGCAUUUUCUUUGAAAGGCAACCUUGUUCAGCAUGUCAAGCUGCAUACUGAUAGGAAGUCCUAUGAAUGUCCAGAGUGUGACAAGCUUUUCCUCAAGAAGAGCUAUCUUGAUCAACAUUUGCGAAUACACACUGGUGAUAGACCUCACAAAUGUGAUCAGUGUAAUAAAGCAUUUUCACUGAAGGGCAACUUAGUACAGCAUAUGAAAAGACAUAGUGGAGAAAAGCCUUUUUCUUGCAAUGAAUGUGGGAAAUCUUUUGCUUUGAGAGGGGCCCUAAAAGAGCACGAUAAAGUACAUGGUGGUGAAAAGCCUUUUAUAUGUACAGUUUGUAAUAAAGCAUUCAAAAAGAAAGUUUAUCUUGUGCAACACACUCGAGUUCACACUGGCGAAAAGCCCUUUUCUUGUACUGAAUGUGGCAAGUCAUUUUCACAGAGAAGUAUUUUGAAUCAGCACAAGAAGCGACAUCGAGAGCAAUCCUUCAAGUGCGCGGAUUGUCAUAAACUGUUUCUUAAAAAUAUUUACGUCCCCAUAAAAAAACAGAAUGCGAGACUCGGACCUUUCAGGUGCAGUGAUUGCGAGGAGGAAGAACAGGAACAUCUUGUGAAGCCCGACUUUGAUGACAGUAUGUUGAAUGACGACGAAGGGGCCUACACCUGCAAUGCCUCGGACUCAGAUUGCCAUCCAAAUUCUUGUCUGUCUCACGACGAAACAAAAUAUUUUGAAAAUAUUGAUAUGUCUCUCGGUGAGAAAAGGUGUACAGAUAUUUCAAAACCCGUAAACAAUAGUGAUGACAUACCACUUUCUGAGUGCAAUAUUAGAAACUUGGUUUCCAAAAAUGGUAGAAAAUUGAGUGAACUAAUACAUUCAAGCCAUCUCAAUCUGGACUGUGCCGAUUUAACCAAGUUUCAAAGCAGUUCACACAAAUCCAGUCAUGCAGACCAUAUUCCCAAUAAUUCCUAUUGGUGCCCUUCUGGGAGCACCUCAUUGAAGAGAGUGCAUGUUGACCAGCUCACCAUGGCAGAAGGUGAAGAAAUGUUGUAAAAGAACAUUCUCUACUGGAUGCAAGAUUAUUGGUAAAUAGUACAAAUUGUCAAAGUGAUGAUGUUUGUUUUGUAAUGCUUUUUGUAUUUAAAAUUAUUAUUUUGUUCAUAAAUUGAUAAAAUUCUAGAUUCUCUUUUAUAAGUGUCAUAUUUCAUGUGAUUUUAUAAAUUAUUUAAAGAUUAUGCUAAUGAACAUGUUUCUGAGCUGGAACCCCUGGCUGCUCCCAAGCUAUUGGCUAGAGUUCAUCUCGGAUGAAGGAUGCCAGAGGAAAGAGUUCUGAAUUAUCUAUCAUGGCAGUCACUUUUAGUCAGUCACUGUGGCAGUCACAGUCAAAACAACCUACUCAACACCUCUUUGAAAUUAUUAUUGGGUGUUACCAAUAAGCAAUUAUUGCUUUGCAAGCUGCUAAUUACCAAUAAGCAAUUAUUGCUUUAUAGCUGCUAAUGAGCUACCCAUCAUCUGACCACCAGUAACUGGCGGCUCCAGCUACACUAUACUACAGAGGAACCGGCAAUCUCAUUUUCUGCCUAACAGUCCACCUCUACAAAUAUUCAGUGCUUAGCUCACUUCAUGGCAUGGUUACUAUUUUGAGUGUCUAGAUAUCUCAUUCCUCCAUUGUCAGAUUAAAUUUCAGGGUUAUCGUUUCUGGCGGAGACUAUACAGUACAAAGACCGAGGGUGCCAGAGUUUUGUGUGUUGACAUGGCUUCACUCCUCUUGAGCUGGCCACUGUCUUUCCAGUGCCUUUUGAGACCUAGUCUUGGGCCUACACUGAGACUGUACUUGCAUUGUCUCCUUAGAAGAAUUGUGUAAUAGAAGUUUCAUUUUUGAUAAUUUGUGAGUGAAUGUUUUCACACUUGCUUUUAUUUUAGGAAGGGGUUACCAUAACCCUUCCCUAUCAUGAAGUCCGUGGGGUCAAGUGAGGUCAUUCUGGAUUCACCCCUCCUUGUAUCUUGCCUGCUGGUUUGGGUAUUAGCUUGGGGUCUAGGCAAUAUGAUUCAUCCAAGGUUCAGGAAUUGGGUAAGGUUUUGUGCUGGACACACAUUACCACAUUCGUGUUCAUUGCAUUGGGCUUAACCUGGCAUCAAGACUGUUCACCAAGCUCAACUGCGAUUCUGCAGGUGUCUCGGCUCUACAGUGUAUCUCCCCUGGCCCACCCCAGCUAGUUGUGCUUGUCUGCUAGAUAGGGCUAUGGUAUGUGGGGGCCUGUAGUGGUUGGGAGCUGAUUUGGCAUACUAGGUCGAUAUAUCAGACACACUCUCUCCCUUCUUCAGGGUUGAAUUGGCUUGGCAGUGAUGCCUGACUCAGAGGAAGUCCAUGCAGCUCCUGGGUCACCUGAAUUUUAACUAUGUGGUCUGUCCUCUAGAGCAGCAUUUUUAAAUCUUUGUACCCUUGAAAUAAUUCUGGGCCAUACUUUAGAUAAACACACACACACGGAUUUCAUGGUCAACCGGGGGAGAUGACAGUGUCUUCUAUCGUCUCCUAGUUGACAGGAGGAGAAGGAGCAGUAGAGGCUGUGCCGCCUCUACUGCCCGUGCUUGUUUUGAUGGCCUGGGCUUCAGGUGAGGUGGCCAGCCUUCUGGUAGGGUGGCAUAGCCAAAACUUCAUCCGGCGGUGGCUAGAUGAUGGGUAACUCAGCAGCUGAGCUAAGUAGUUUGCUAAGCUAUAAUUUACUAUCCGAUGACACCAAUUAUAGUUUGGAAGGGGGUGUUGAGUGAUUUGUUUGAUCAUUUUUUGUCUAAUUGAGUACAUAACUACUUUGGUGGAUAAUUGAGAAUAUUCUCCUCUGGCUUCCCUCUCCAAUCACAGGGCUCACAUGGACACGGCAGUUUUAAAAGGUAUUUGUUAUGGUGGGGUGAAGGAGGUCACAGUGGGCCUAGAGUGAAUUCUGGCUAAUAGCUCUGAAAGCAACCGAAUUGCUGCUUAGAAAAGCGUUUCAUGUCGCUCAAUGCCCUAUGUUAGUUUAUAAUUUUAUUUAAAUACAGUAUUUUUUAUUUUA